AUGCGUAACUGCUGCCUUCUAUGUGGAAUCCCUACCAGAACGCUCAGCAAGGCCCGCAUUGGGGGGGUCGCCUCAGUGCGCAUCUUCUCCGAACGCGAAGAAUGGAGCAAAAGCUUCAAGGAAAAGGGCUACUACGUAGGAGACGUCAAAGAACUGCAGGACAUCUACUUUAAAAUACCCUGGAUAUGGACUCGGCUGUAUCGAGCAAUCCACAUUGGUCCGGGCAGCUUCCUGUCCGGCGUCGCUCUAUCGGGACCCUGGGAUGGAGGACGGGUCCAGGUUCCCUGGCAAAAGAAUGGGCUAUUACUGGGAGACCCGGCCCACAUGGACGGUAUAAGUUUCUACCAAGCAGAAACAGCCCACUGCAUCCAUGACCGAUGCUGGUCGCUCUUGGCCGGCUACAUGGAUGCGGAUUGUGUUCUAUCAAAUCUGUGGGAGUUUGAAAGAACCCUAUGUUGGACGACGGUCAGUUCAAAUAGUAAGCGUCAUAUACUGGAGGAGUGGCGCUGGAGCAGGCCGCCCAAAUGCUAUCGAGCGCUUUCACGCACUGAUCCCGGGGAAUAUGCGCGACUGUAUGCGGACGAGCUGGGAUGUUCAGAAAGGCGAUACGCCCCGCGCGAUCCGUACAACAUCCCCGAGCUCCUCGACCUCUUCGCCCAUCCGGAGCGACUCCAGCACGAGCUCAUCCGAAAGCCACCCCCAAGGAGGAUUCGAUAUUCUCGUCCCCGGCCACAACGCAGCCACGCCAUGACGCUGCGGUUCUCCGGUACCUUUGACGCCCGCGCCAUCCGCAUCCCGAGUGAUAUCCUCCUCAUGAUCCUGGACCUGCUGCCCACCUAUCACGACCUCCAGCGCUUCUUCUGGGUGUUCCCGCAGUGCCGAGAAUGGGUGCCCCUGUCGUUUUGGCGGAAGCGGUGCAUCAAGGAGUUUCUGCUCGUCGAGCCCCUCCCCGCUGCAGACGCGCUGGAUUGGCAUAUUCUCUACUUCUACGCUGAUACGUUGCUGGCCCACUCCCAUGGGUGGCAGCUUCGAAAGUAUAUCAUCGCUCGGCUGGAAAGCGCAUACAGAAGGCAUUCCAGCGUGUCUGCGGCCUAG